AUGAAUCGUUCGAGUGGACGCCGUCUUGUCGACGGUCAAAUUGUGCACAGUGAUGCCUUUCCUUCCAGUUCCUUUUCCUAUCGACGAUUUCUUUUCGUGGCAAUUCUGGCUACCGUCAUGAUUGUGACGAAUCCUGCCAACGAGCUGUUCUCCAAGACCAUGGAUAUUGUAGAGCAAGUGACAGGCAGAAAGUCACGGCAGCACGAUUUGUCCGAUUGGGACUUGAACAAGAUUAUGGAUCCCCCCAUCAGCGUGACCAACUAUGGAUUGUUUACAUUGGAAGAGAGGCAUGCCAAGGUGGUGGUGUCACUUCUGACAAAAAGCGUAUCAUGUCCCUACUUUGAUCAACGCAAGGGCUCCUUCUGUAGUGCCGUGGCCAAGAACCUAUGCCAUGGAAACCCCCUGGUCUAUCAUCCCAAGAGCUAUGCCUACACUGCCCAUAGAACCAUUUGCUUCAUUCUCGUCGGUACUGCCUUGUUGGCAUUCUGUUUCAAUGGAUCUAUACCCCCAUUCUUGACCCAAGAACCAUUUAUGCGAGCAUUGUUGACGUGUUUCAGUCGAAAACACUUCUCAUUGCUCUCCUUGGCAAUGGAUUUGGUCAAUUGCAGUUUGUUUGUCUAUCCAGCUUUAGAACGAAUGGAGCGAAUUGUACCAACGCUACAAGAUGGGAAACCAAGUCUUGCCCUUGGAGUACCAGAGUGGACAGACUUUGCGUUUUAUGCGAUAGUGAUGGUACUGUUUCUGGGGGGAGGCAGCAAUUCACUGGCUAAUUUCUUUUUCACCAAAGAUCCAUGCUUUGGGUUUGACACGACGGUGGCAGCAGCAGUUGCGUACUGCAGUGCGAUUCCUUCCAAAAUCCUUCCUUUUGCCAACCAACCAGCAAUGCUCACACCACAGACAGUCUUUUGGGGAUACCUGCCCAUCACAGCUUUGCUGGGUGGGACUCCAUCGUAUUUGGUGGCCUGGCUGAUUGCAGGAAGUUUGGGUGUCAUAUUGGCGCAAUACCACACCGACAAUCAGAGUGUACUGCUGGCUUUCAAAGGCUUGCUGCGCUCAGCUUUCUCCAACUAG